AUGACACCCAGAGAUGAACUACACGUCCGGAUGCACGGUUUAGUCGGAAAGCCAUUGCUUGGCUGGUACUUCAAAGAUUAUUUCAAUCAGCCUUCUCGGGCUACAAUCGGUACUGUGGUUGCAGUUCUCGAAAUUGGAGCGUUCAUAUCCUCCCUCCUUGUGGGACGUGUCGGUGAUAUGAUCGGCCGUCGAAGGACUAUACUAUAUGGCUCCAUUGUUUUCUUCAUUGGCGGCGCUUUUCAAACAUUUGCCACAGGUAUUCCCAUGAUGAUGGUCGGUCGUGUCAUUGCUGGUCUAGGCGUUGGCGCCCUCUCUACCAUUGUGCCAGUUUACCAGUCUGAGAUUUCGCCUCCCCACAACCGUGGGAAGCUCGCAUGCAUCGAAUUUACCGGCAAUAUUGCUGGGUAUGCGACCAGUGUGUGGGUAGACUAUUUCUGUAGCUUUAUUGAUAACGACUACUCCUGGCGCCUCCCACUCCUUUUCCAGUGUAUCAUGGGUGCCUUGCUUGGAAUUGGCAGUCUGAUGAUCUGUGAAUCACCUAGGUCCCUACUAAGAUGGCUUCUUGACAAUGAUCACGACGAGGAGGGCAUGGUGGUGAUUGCAAAUCUUUAUGGCGAAGGCGAUCUCCUUAAUGACAAGGCCCGGCAAGAAUAUCGUGAUAUCAAGAUGAACGUCCUCGUCCAGCGCCAGGAGGGCGAGCGAUCCUACUCGGACAUGUUCCGCCGGUAUCGCAAACGUGUUUUGAUUGCCAUGUCGGCCCAGGCCCUAGCUCAGCUCAAUGGGAUAAACGUCAUCUCAUACUAUGCGCCACUCGUUUUUGAAUCGGCCGGAUGGGCUGGACGAGAUGCAAUCCUGAUGACUGGAAUCAACGUUUAUUUUUUGUACCCCGAAACGAGUGGGGUUCGCCUCGAAGAUAUGGACGUUCUUUUUGGCGAUGCUUCCACCGCCAUGCCAACACCAGCCACCCAAGGCGAACGAGGGUCGCUAAUGGGUGCUGGCUCACCUGUUCCAUCACUUGACCUGCGUCGGCAGUAUGGUCAACUUGGGGCGGAGAAUUCCAUCCCCGGCCUAGAUAUUGAUCCGCCGACCUCAAACCAUGAAGGGACCAGCAAACGCGGACGCUCGGAUUCUCGCCAGGGCAGUGUUCGCGGUGAAGGAAUGGGUAGCUGGAUCUCAAACAUGGUUAGUCGAAACCGAGGAGUGGGCCCCAGUGCCAUCAGCAGUCAAUAUAGACGUUUGGAGCAAGGAGAAGGAGACGAGCAAUGA